AAGGACAGGCACUGUGCAUAGUGUGGCUGUUUGUCGUGACAUGGCCAUGAGCUUGAGAUCAACAGUUUUCCCUGAGCAGAUAAGUAAACUGGAGGAGGACAAAUCAGCUGUAAAUGUGGAGGACUCUGAGUCUGAUAUCCCCGAUGCCACGCUAUGUGUUGAAGGUGAAAGUUUUUAUGUCAACCGUCAAUGUCUGGCCCAACAGAGUCCCUACUUCAGGGCUCUGUUCUUUGGCUCUGGAGUAGAGAGCAGCAAAAGAAAAGUUGAAAUUAAAGGUGUGGGCCGGCAGCAUUUCAGGGUUUUGAUGGAACACACCAGGAGAUCCAGGCUCGUUUUGGACAGAGAAAAUGUUCUGGGGAUCCUUGAGACUGCAGACUAUCUCCAGCUCGAGCGAGCCAGGCUGCUGUGCUGCAAGUUCCUGGAGCGUGAACUGCACCUGAGUAACUGUUUGGGUAUGAUGACUUAUGCCUGGCAGCGAGGCUGCACUCCACUCUACACUGCUGCGAAACAGGUUGUGCUCACACACUUUCCUGCGAUCAUCGCUGAAGAGGACUUUUUGCCUUUACCUAAGGAGACAGUGGCGCAUAUUCUUGCCAGUGAUGAUCUGGCCAUCAUUAAAGAUGAUCUGGCCUUGGAGGCCAUCCUACGUUGGGUAUCAUUUGACCCUAAAAGAGAGGAACACUUUCUGGAGCUCAUUGAGCUGGUGAGGCAUGAGUCUCUGUCUUUGACAUUUAUCACUGAACUUUUGACCAAAAUGAAAAGCUCUGACCCCAGAGCAAACCUCAUCCGCAAGCUGAAUGAACAUUACCCAGUCUCGUGGUCAAUAGGCAGGUCACUGAGGAGGAUCAGGGCCAGGGAGACCUUCUUUGUCUUGGGCGGACCUCACGAUCAGGAGCAACAGGCACUGUACCAGUUUCAUCCUCUCAGUGGGAGAUGGCAAAGCUGUGCACCUCUGCGGAGGAAGAACCUUACACAGUACUCGGUAGCUGCAGUAGGAGACAACGUGAUUGUGACGGGUGGCUACUUCCGGGAUGUGCUGUGGUUUAGCGUGGACUGGGUCAGUGUAUACGAAUGUGGCAACCAGCGCUGGGUGAAUGCACCAGCCUUGCAGAAGUCCAGACACAGCCACUGCUCCAUUGGGGUGGACUCAGUGUUGUAUGUCCUGGGUGGCAGUAUGGAUGAAGGGCUUGUGGCUGAUGUAGAAAGGCUGGUCCUGGGGUCAGAGGACGGCUGGGAGGUGGUCAGCCCCAUGGUUAGGGCUGUGGAGCGGGCCGCCACCGCUGCACUGGGGUUGUGUAUCUAUGUGGCUUGUGGCCUGGAUGAAAACGGGGAGGUGUACAGUGGAAUUCAGAGGUAUGUUGUGAAGGAGGAUCAGUGGGAUGUAGUCUCUUGUUCUCCAUUUCCACGAUAUGACCUGGUUGCCACUGAGCUCAAUGGUGCCCUCUACCUUUUUGGAGGCCAAACCUUACGUUUUGACGUGGAGACAGACGAGUGGACGGUGCUGGAGGAGGAAUCUCUGGAAAGGAAGUUCUUCUGUGGCUGCACCACAGUCAGCGGUCAAAUAUUCCUGGUCAGUGAGAGGAGGAUUAACAAAGCAUUUCCAAACAUGGUGCUGAUGGACCCGUAUAUAAACACUUGCAUUGAGAUAGAUGAUGCCAUACCCUGCCCUGUGCCCCUCAGAGGGUGUGUCACCUUGAGAAUGAUCAUGUGAUGGUGUGUGAUGUGACUACUGCAUAUAACACAAAUUGUAGUUAUAUGUAAUGAAAAUGUAAUUUCUUUUUUUGUGUAAGAAGUUUUAGCUUCUGCAAAAAUAAAAUGAAGUUUCUGAAAAGUUAAAACCUAAAAUGGACUGUGGUAACACAUUCAACACAUACAGGCAACAACAUUAUUGACAAGUGCAAAUUUCUACAACAGAAUUUAUUAAAACUUCAACUUCCCACACAACCAACAAAGCAUCCAUGUACACUCAUACGGUAAGAGUCAAGUGUAACAUCAGUGGAUACAUAACAGCU